ACAAAACAAUCGUUGACAGAUAAUUCUAAGCAUAAUCUGUGAGCAGUCGGAUUGGAAACGAGUUUUUUGUCUUCCGUUUUCAACGGCUCAAGUAUAAAAUAAAAUGAAACGUCACUUCUCUAAAUGGAGAGGACUGAAUUGAAUUAAAUCAAUUAAAUUGCAUUCAGGCUGAACGUGGAUCCGCGACCUUGCUGCGGCGCAACCAUUCGUAUUGUUAUUUGUCACGCCCGGUGCUUUUCAGUGGUUCUGUUUACAUGUUAUUGGUGUAGUUAAGCCGCCGCGGUUCGCCGUCCCUAUUAGAAACAAAUAGAAUGCAAGUCUUAUUCAGUGGCGCGAAGGCUCCGCAGAUUCGGUGCGAGCAGACUUGACCUUAUAUUUCGAGUAAAGGAAUCGACCCACGCUGAUUAAUAAAGAGACUCCUACGCGCCUUUGACGACGAAGUCUGCUUCGUCUUAACACUACAAUGAACGAAAUUACGCGACAUGCUAGCGUUACCGUCAUCUACUUAUAAGAACAAAGUGUUUUUUUGCCUAUAAGUCUAUAUUUUUGUGUGGUUAACUUCCUGUGAUCGCUAGUGUUAUAAUGUUCCAAUAGUUGUUGCAAGUUUUGUUCAGAUUCGGAAACGUUAUCUGCUAAUAUUAAUUGGAAAUUUGCCAUAUUUCCAGUUGCUAUUUACUGAUGCAAAAACACGUUCACCCAGAUGGAUACAAGAUAGAAACAAUCAAGAUAUGCUUGUGUGGUGUUAGCAAAAAUCAUUCAAAAUAAAGAAAACAUCGACGUUACUGUGUUACAAAGCGAGAAUGGAUGAAAACGAUGUCAUUAUAUCAUCUACAGAAAUAAUAAAAGACAGGCUCUACUUCGCAACACUGAAGACCGGCUACAAACCUAAGCCGACUCGCAACAGCAAAUACUUUCACAUAGAAGAUGAGAUCGUCUAUGAGAAUUUCUACUUCGACUUCGGUCCGUACCAUCUCUGCCAUCUGUACCAGUUUUGCAACAAACUCAAUGAGGAACUGGAGAAGAAUCCGAAGAAGAAGAUCGUUUACUACACGAGCAACAAUGAGACCCUUCGGCUUAACGCAGCGUAUCUUAUUGGGAGCUAUCAGAUAAUAUACCUGAACACGAGUCCAGCGGCAGCGUACAAGCAACUCACAGACGGGUCGGAGUGGUCGCUGCUGAACUUCCGCGACGCGUCGGGCGGGCCGCCGCUGUUCGACAUCUCGCUGCAGGACGUGCUGCACGGCAUCAAGGUGGCGCACGAGGCCGGCUUCUUCCACUUCGAACACUUCGACGCUGACCAGUAUUUGUUUUAUGAAAAAGUGGAGAACGGCGACCUGAACUGGAUAGUGCCGGGCAAGAUGCUGGCGUUCUCCGGCCCGCACCACCGCUCGCGGCUCGACCGCGGCUACCCGCUGCACAGCCCCGAGCACUACCACGACUACUUCCGCAAACAUAAUGUGACGACGAUAGUGCGCCUGAACAAGAAGUCGUACGACGCGCGGCAGUUCACGUCCCACGGGUUCGAGCACCGCGAGUUGUUCUUCGUGGACGGCUCCGUGCCCUCCGACCUCAUCGUCAACCGCUUCCUGCGCAUCGCAGAGGCGGCCCGCGGCGCCGUCGCCGUGCACUGCAAAGCGGGUCUGGGCCGGACGGGCACGCUGAUCGCGUGCUACAUGAUGAAGCACCACGGGUUCACCGCCCGCGAGGCCAUCGCGUGGCUCCGCGUGUGUCGCCCCGGCUCCGUCAUCGGACACCAACAGUGGUUCUUGGAGAACAUCCAGCCGCGCAUGCACGCGGAGGGCGAGGCGUACCGCCGCCGGCACAACAUCACGUCGCCACGCGUGUUUACUCGCGGCAUCUACUGCGACCUGCCGCCCGAGACGCCGCCCACCGAGGACACCUCGAGUGACAAGCCUGUCUCCCUGCACACUAUUCUACAGAACAACAAGGCAAUGAACAAUGUUAAUAAGUUGGAUAACGCUAACGUACUAAACGCAAACGAGCCGGACUCUGAAAACAACGUGACAACAGUAAUCGGCAAGUACAAGACCACGCCGACGCCAAUGCUGCCCACAAAAACUGUGUUUACCCCUAAAAUGAACUACAUGUUGCCCACAAACAAUAUAAGGAACGCUAACAACACUAACCUCAAGCAACCCGCGAGAAUCAACUCUACACUCAAAUCGCAUUACGUGUCGAAAACAUCCACGUUCCCGCCGACAAGGAGCGCGAACUCUCAAGUCAAACUGACGGGCGGCGUCAAGCCAUUCACGGGUAAGAACAGUUUUCACGGACAACGAGCGAACCUCGCCAGACCGGCUUUGGGAUAUACGCACGGUGCUAGUCCAUUAAAGACUUUUACAAGGAAAACUGUCAGUGUUGGUAAGAUUACAUCGAAUGAUACGGCUACGGUUAACACGCUAAAUAAUGUCACAACAACCCUAUCAGCUUUGACUGAGAAUUGCCACUUGAAUGGCAAGAAUCGGCUGCCAUCGGAGCCUAAUCUCAAAGCAGUUACUCAGUCGAAAGCUGUGGCAAAUAACAUGACUGCUCGGAAGAAGUUGAUUGUCAGGUCAAACUCUAAUUCUCGAAAGAAACUUCCUAAAAAUAACCUACAAAAAAGUGGUCUCGAAUCCACGCAAGAUCUCUCUUCCAGCGAUACCAACGUCACUAAUAUAUCUGCAGACUCGCUUGAAACUCCCUUCAGGUUUAGGCGAAAAAGGGAUAAGUCGAAUAGCCCAGAGCCGAUGGACUGCUUGACUAACUCAGUAAUAACUCCCGACGUAACGCCAGACAAUUUCGAGGAGACUAACAAUUCUCAAGGAAAUAAACUGUAUAAAAUAAAAGCGCUGCGAAAAAAAUGUCCCGCGUUCGGAGUCAGUUUGCUGAAAAAAGACGGCGUGCAAACUCGAUCGAGUAGUUGCGCUAGUAGCUCGACUGUUAAGAAGAAAUGAUCUACGUGAAAACUUUGUAAUAGGUAGUAGUUGCACCUCGUACAAAUAUGUGCACAGCGCAUAUUGAUGGGUCAGUUCGGACGCUUAGUAACAUUUGUAGACUGAUUAUUGAACUCAUAUCAAACGUAACUUACGCGUCAAAAGACAUGUUCGAACGGAUCCAUGUAAGGUGUAUAGUGUGUUGGUAUUAAAUGUCGUGAACCCCUUUAAAAGACGAGCCUACGUGUUUAUAAUCUCAUUAGAUUUAAACGUAUGAGAUGCAAUCGUGUUUGAGCAAUAGAUCGAUUAAAUAAUCGAUAUAAUAUUCAAUUUAUUUUUGAAUUUAAAGUGGUGAAAUUUGUACCACCUUAUGUUGAGCUAUGACAUUACAAUUAGAAUUUAUGCAAACAAAUUAUUUUAUUUUUAUUAAUGUUUUCUUUUUCUAAUUUUAUAGGAGCGUUUCGUUGCCCUUCUCUAUUGAAUGAUAGCUAUAUAGGUACUUUUUUCGUUUUUACACUCUCUUAUGUUGUUUAGUAUUAAUUAAAAAUAUUAUAAACAAUAUCGAUAAUAUCUAAAAGGCCUAAAUGCGAUUGUAUCGAUUACAUGUAGUUGGAUGUCCAUGUCGACUAUAUUAGUGUUACUAAAAUGUUCCGUUGUUUACUCUUGUUGUAUUAGAAGUACACAGCGUGUUGAAAAAAUACAGUUAACUAAAAUCUAAAUAGGCUCUAUUGUCCUACACCGAAUAGUGAUGUAGCGAAUGCGUAUCGAUAACAUCGUGAAUGCGAAAAUCAUUAUCUGUUACUUUUAUUAUUCUUAAUAUAUCUUCAAUCUUGCAUAUUAUUAGUUUAUUUACAUGUAUAUCAUUUUUUAUGAUAUUUAUUUUAUGUUUGAUUUAUGACAUUGUUAUAUAUUAUUUAUCAUAAAAAUACUUAAUGAAAUCAUUUCGCGUAUACAUCUACAUAAAUAGAACAAUAGAGUGCAAUUUUAUUAUGGCUGAAUCCAUAAACAAUAUCGAUUGCGAUUAUUCGCUACAUAAUUAUUAUCGAUAUGAAUACUAAACGGUUCGCUAACUUUUAUAACACUAAACGAUCAAUCGAUCAAAACUAUAUAGUAUAGUAAGGAGAAAUAUUUUUGUAGUUUUAAUAAAUUAAUAAGUGAUAAUCAAAUGCCAUUUGUUUCUUUAGCUUCUAUUGAGCGAGUUAAUCGGUUGAUGUUGACAUUUUGUUGUAUUAUAGUUAAUUAUUACAUCGUUUAUUAUUGCCUUAGCGAUUUUUCGUGCAUGGGCAUAUAAAGAGGUGUCGAAACCGCGCUUGCCCCAUUAAAUAGAUAAAGUAUAGGAGUGACCCUAUCAUUUUUAUUAAAAUAUGAAAUAGAAAUGCCUCAUUUUCAUAUUGUCUUACACCUUCUCUAAUAUGCCCGUGUCAAAAUGCUUUAUGUACACUGAGAUGACAUAAUUUUUAGUUGAUAAUUGUAAAUGCUUUAGUGAUUUUUAGUGCAAUAUACUGACAUUUAUAAGUAUGAUAUAUUUUAUAUUAAUCAUUUGUAAUAUGCUUCCGUAGGUAAAGUAUUAUAGUUACAGAGUAUAUUUAAAACUUAAGAGUAUGAUUUAAAGUCAGUAGGAGUAAGUACUUAUUUUGUUACGACAUUAAAUGCUACGUUAACUUUUUUUUUAUCUUAUAAAGUAGUCUGUUCGAUAUAUAAGAAAUAUAUUUCGUUCAUUGUUUUAUCAUCCAUACAUCUAAAUUUUAUUACGAAUUAGAUUAUUGUUUGUAUGUAUUAUUUCUUGCCUUUAAUAUUGUUAAGACUUAUUCAUGAUUUAUUUAAUGACGUAAUAAAAUUAGACGCUUUAAGUUUAUUUAUUAUUUUCGUUAAUUCUUAGUGUGCAUUUAGCAUGAGUUUAAACUGAUUGAACCAUUUACAUAGUUAUUGUAUAGUCACAAACUGUAAAUAAAUGUGUUGCAAGCCUUUACAGCAAAAUUAGAACGUGUUUUUAUACUCUUUAAGAACUACUACCGAUAAUUCUUUUACAGAUAUAUUCUUAUCUGGGAAGACGUUGUGUAUACAGCAAUAUUAUAAAUUUUUGAGUUAUAUUGUUAUUUCUUAUUAAAUGUGGUGCUGUUAAUUAGAUCACAAUCGAUAAUUUGAUAUAAAGUAUUUCAAGCUACAAUCGAUUUUAGUCUUGCUGUAAAGUUAACCGUCUAUCAGUUGUCUAAAAUACGUCACAACAUGUGUAGUGAGAGUUAAUACCUCUCGUACAUGAUAUAAUAAAAUUACAAAGUUUCUCUUGCAAAUAAAUUUACCACCAAUUUCAAUCCCAAUCGCUCUUUUUCGAUAAAUCGGAAAAACCUAACCAAUCAGUAUAAAUUAUUUGACAUUAUUACGAAUGACUUGUUGGUGUAUUCUCAGGAUCGGAUUGAAGAUUAAAAUUGAGAUCGUUUAUUGAAAACAGCCGUUGGUUGUGUAUGAGGAAUCGAGUUCGCUCUUACAAAUAAGAACCACUACUCCCGCUAUUUCGUCAUUCAGGGCACAGGGUUCUAUUUCAAAUUUACGUUCGGUACAACCCGUUCUAAAACCAUUUCUGGGAAACCAUUUUAGAUAAACUUACACAAACAAUUAAAGGAUCUCCAAAUUCGAUCAUUUUCUUGCCUAUAGCAACGUACGUACUUUCAUAUACCAUAUACAUUGGUCUAUGACUAAUAACACCGAAAUUUCAAUCUUGUACGAGGGGUAUAAAGUAGCAUUUAGUACACACUAGUACCAAGCAAAAGUGGUCUGUGUAUGUAGUCGAUUUUAUACAGAUUUGAUGUGUCCAAUAGAAUAUGCCCUUACGGGCCAAAUGUUACAUAGUCUUCAUAAAAAACUCGUCGAUUGAUUGUCGGAUGAACUCUUUUAAGGCCAUAGAUAAUUCUAGAAGGAGGUAACGCGAUAAUCAGUUUUAUAUUCUAUUGCGAAGAGAUCACGCACGGAUCCAUCGACAACCCUAUUUCUUAAGUCGACAUAUUUUAACGUAUUACACUAUCAGGUGCAAUGAGUGACUAAGCCGCACCAGAAAAAUAUAGUAGUACUAAAAUAAUUAGCUGUUCUCACUUAACUAACAUAAUUCAAUUACUAAUAGUAAGCUAUUGAGUGGAUCACGUUUAGAUCCAAUCCAAUCUAAAACCUGUAAAUAGAUACUUUAUGAAAUAGAUGACUAAAUGCCACAUGAUGCAGUUCAUUCGACAAUCCAUCAGCCACAUAUACUUUAAACAAUGCUUCCUAAUGUUAUUUAUAGUUUUAUACGGUGUUCUAUACUGUAUUUCGCGAGAGCCUAUUAAAAGUUCCACUUUAACUGUACGAAUUUACAGUGUCAUAUCACGUUUUGUAAUUGCUUGCAUAUUAUACAAAAUGUACUGACAAUGUUGACAUCAUCUAUCGAUAUUUCCUUGUUGCGUUUAGGUUCAGCUAAUAUAGAUGUUGUGAAAGACUGUUGUCUAUGCCAUUUUUUAUUGUAUAAUUUUUAAUCUGUACUUGCUAAUUUUGUAAGAUUUGCUCGAUAGAUCGAUUUCGAUUCAUGGUUGAUAUCGAUAUCCAUUUAUCGACUUUAAAUGGUAAUUAUAAUGGAUUUGUCGUAUUGAUAUAGAAUUCGUGUUUUUCAUAGUAAAUAAUCAAGAUUACUCGAAAUUUUUCAUGUAAAACCGUAAUAUAAAAAUAAAAUUAUAACUGCCAAUAUUGUAAAUUGUACAAAUAUUAGGUGAUGAUAUGGAUGUAGUGUUUAUUAGUCGAUAGUAAAGUAGUGACCGUGUUAAGGUAAAAAGGUUAAUCUUACUUAUUUGCAAGUACAGUGGUCAUGUUAAGUGUAACGUCGAUUUACGCUUUAGAGGUGCGGCAGCUGUCGAGAGUGAGAAGUGAUAAUAAUUAUUUAACAACUAUAACAUAUUUUAAGUUGAUUCGUUAGUUUACAGUUGGUAUUGAAAAGCUUUUGUUAUGGUUACCGCAGUUUACACAAACAAAUCGGCUGUUAUUCAAGCACUCAUAUCUUGAAAAUGAAAGUACUUAUAACCGUUAUUGUUAUCGAGCAGCUGGUCUUUAUCGAGUCGAUAAUUAAUAUCGAUAUUUUCAGUUCUGAGUACGGAAGUAUUUUUGCUAUUAUUUCUCGCGCCAUUAAACAGUCACUAUAUAAAUACUUCGUGAUAGAUACCAGGUAUUUUUAUGAGUGAUUUUUCAUACUCCACUUAGAAUUGUACUUGUCGAUAUUUUUAAAUGAAUAUAUGUCUAAGUAUACUAAUGUUAAUUCUGACGGUUUGGUAUUACAAAUCAACUGAAAAUCAUAAUUCAAUCUAUACCGUCAGUGAAUCAUAAAUAAUAUUUGUUACACUAAUUUUAAGUUUAAUAUAAUUAUAAGAAUAAUAUGUUAUAUACGUUCAAUUAUAUUUUAUCCAUAUUGAAGGCAAAUACUACGUUUUCAAAUAUUAUACAAAGUUGCUUUUUAAGAGCACUACGAGUUGUAGUUAACGUAAAAAUAUUUUAUCGAAAAAUAUAACUGUAAAAAACAUUAAUGUUUCAUGUUAAUCGAUAUGAAUUGUUAUCGGAACAUCGACAUGAAUUGUUAUCGAAACAUCGAUAUGUCAUAAACUGCGGUAACUUGAGUUAUGAGUGACAUUACGUUUGUAGUUCACAGUUUACAUAUAUUACUAUGAACACCAUUUUUUGGAAAAACACCUAAUAAGAGUGUGUGUACAUUAUGGCAUCUAAUGAGGCGAAAUAAUUUUUGUAAUAGAAAAUAUAUUUAGUAAAAUAAGGCAUUUGGUGGAAUACGUUCUAUGUUUAAACUAUGCUUUAUUAUAAUUUUACAAGUAAUACUUCCUUACUUUGAUCAGAUUAUAGACGUCAUGUUUAUUCAUGGGUGAUAAUAGAAUCAGUCACAACGAUAACAAAGUGAUUUUAAAUACAGAUUGUUUCCCGGUCAGAAUCUAUAAAAAAUAUAAAUAAAUCAUUAUCGAUUUAUCACGAAAAUCAACCAAUCGGAAUGUUUCAUCGCAACUGGGAAGGCAGCUUGAAAACGCUGAAAAUGUUUAAACAUUUGAAGUUCAAAUCAGUCGUUAACAGCCGUUUCCAAUAAACUAUCCCAAUCUCAAACUUCAAUCGGAUUUCGUUAAUGAACCAAUCAAAUAACUUAUUUGAAAGCAUGUCAAAAAAACCUUGUUCUUGUUGAUCAUUUUUUUGAGAUCGAUCGAAAAAAGCGAGUAAGGUCAUUUAUUGUAAAUGGCGGUGAAUCACAAAAGAUUUAUUUCAUCGUAUUGUGACCGAAAGUCCUUAGUCUUCGAUGCCCACGCAUACAUUACAGGGUAGCUUAUUAGGUAUUCGGGACAAUUAUUUGUAAUUUGCAUCAAUUGUUUAUUAUUCAAGCCAGUUUAAACAUAGAAUAAUUCCAUGAAAUGUGUUAGUAUUUUUAUAUGUUGGAGUGUCACGGGGCGGAUCGUAUAUGGGACCAGAGCGUUGUAGUUACAGAUUUUUGUAUAUUGUUUUGCGUCUGUUGUCUAGUGACUAUAUUUUUAAAUUUAUUAAAUGGUAAUUAUGUUGUGAUCUGAGAAUAUAAUCGGUUAAAUGUAUCUGCACUUUAUGUAGGUAUAUGUAUAAUAAAGAGGGCACCACACGUUGGUGUUGAAUGCUUGUGCUUAAUAAAAAUUAAAAAGAUAUAUUCCAUGUA